AUGAUAAUUGUGUUCUUGUUCAUUGGAAUAUCUAUUGGAGUAGAUUUUAAUAUUAAUAUUAGAUUUUCAAAAGAAGAUGAAAAUAAAUUUAUUGAAUUUGCAAAAAAUAUUACACAAGAAGCAUCAAUUAAGAAUCAAAUUGAUUUUACAAAAUGUGCACCACACAUAACAUUAUAUCUUACUAAAUUUGAAGAAACAAGUAUUCCAAAUGUUGUAGAAAAGAUUGCAGAAGCAGUUAAAGACUUAAGAGGAUGUAAUAUUAAUAUGGAUAAACCAUAUGCAAGUGGGAAAUAUUUUAUGUUCCGAGCAAUAAACACACCAUGUCUUCAAAAAUUAUCAGACGAAAUUACUCAAUUUACAUCACCAUUUAGAGAUAAAAAUUAUACAUGUCCAAGUUGGGUUGAUACUCUUCCAGAAGAAGAAAAAAAUAAAAAAAAGAAAUAUUGUGAUAGUUAUGGAUCACCAAAUGUAUUUGAAGGAUUUGAUCCACAUGUUACAUUAGUUUAUAGUGAUAGUGAAGAUUUAACAAAACUUGAGAAAUAUAAAUAUCCAGAAAUAACACUUACAUCAGUUAAAGUGAGUAUGGCUAUUUGUGGAUCAUAUGGUACUGUUAUUCGUGGAAGUGAAAAAAUAUUUUCAUAUUUAUAUGAACCUCUUCUCACUUUUUAA